AGCCCUCGGUUUAACUGUGUGCGUUUAUCUGACGUCAUGACGCACUGACGUAAACAUCCUGCCCGUGCAUUCGUUGAUACAUAGAACAUAUUGAUAGAACGACGCGUUCGUUGGAACUCUGGUGAGUUGGUUCCACGUUGCCUCAAGAUCUCAGUCGUUUCGAUUACGUUGCAAUGUUUUCUGAAGACGUGAGUGUUACACUGCGCUGCACCUGCUAAAGCGACGGCUGCGUCUAUUCUGAAUUCACGUUAAAAUAGUUGCGCGUCGAUUAAGUUGGUCGAGGUUGUUUUCGGUUUAAGGACAGCCAGGCUGUCUGCCUCAACUAUCAAUCACAUGUCGACGGAGGAUCUGUCCACUUCCGACAGCGAGGCUGCCUUCGCGGAAGCUGGGGAGCGCUGGGCGCCGGUGGGGGCCGUGGCCAGCCCGGAGGAUGAGCAGUGGAAGAGGGGCACACGGGCUGUCUCUGUGUCGUCCGGCGAUGCAGACCUGGUGUCCAGGCUGAGGAAGCUGGAGGAUGAGCAGGAGCAGCUGAACUCGUCGCUCCUCGCAUUAACGUCUCACUUCGCUCAAGUGCAGUUUCGGCUGAAACAGAUCGUCCACGCGCAGAGCGACGAGAAAGAGAGGAUGCUGCUGGAGCUCGAGGAGUUUGCUUUCAAAGGAUGUCCUCAUGUUAUAGGCUGCAGGGCACAGGAUGCUCAGAUGCUGGAAAACGCUAGUGAAAGAGAGAAGAGGGAACGCUUGGAAGCUCAGAGAAAGAAGCAGAAGGAGCUGAUUCUCCAGCUGAAGACUCAGCUUGAUGACCUGGAGCGCUUCGCCUACCAGGAGGGCAGCUAUGACUCCCUGCCUCAGUCUGUGGUCAUGGAGAGACAGAAGGUGAUCAUUGAUGAGCUGAUUAAGAAGCUGGAUGUGAAUCUGAAUGAAGACAUUGGGAACCUCACUCCAGAGGAGCUGCGACAGAGAGUGGACGCGGCUAUAGCUCAGAUAGUCAACCCGGCUCGAGUCAAAGAGCAGCUGGUGGAGCAGCUCAAGACCCAGAUCAGAGACCUGGAGAUGUUCAUUAACUUCAUACAGGAUGAAGUGGGGAACCCUCUGUUAAAUGAUGGUGUGAAGAGCCAACAGGCCCGUGCUGCCGGACCAAACACUGGAGCCACUGGAGGGAUGAAGCGAGUGGAUCCCGAACAGGCCCAGAGGAUGCGGGAAACCGGGCUUCAGCUGAUCCAGAGAGCCUUAGCGGUGCUGCAGAUCUUUGCUCUGAGUCAGUUCGGAUGUGCCGCGGGUCACAUGCCCCAGAACAUGUGGUCUCAGGGUGGCGAGGCUCAAGAUUUCGGCCCCCUGCUGCAGAAACUUGAAGGAGCCGUGGAGCGUGUACGCCUGCAAGCCUCCCGCCAGCAGCCCAGCUCUCAGGACGAACACGUGGUCAGCUACUCUGCCUGUCUGACGCCUGGAGGACCUCGGGACGAACUCACCGCUUCUGUGCGUAAAGAACUGGCCUUGGCGCUCCGGGACCUACUGGCCCACGGACUCUACGCUCCUUCUCAAGGCAUGAGCCUGGUCCUUGCCCCCAUUUCUUGCCUGCUGCCCUUCAGCUCUUCUCCCGAGAGCCUGCAUCCCUGGGAACUUUUCGUCAAGUACUAUCAUUCCAAAAAUGGCCAGGCGUUUGUGGAAUCGCCCGCCCGCCAGCUCUCUCAGUCCUUCAGUUUACCUGUAGGGGACGGUCCUGUGACGGUCACACCCAAGCAGUCUCUGUUAUGGGCCAUCCAUACGGUUCUUAAAGAGCAUGGGCGAUUCAAGCGCAGCGCAGACUCUGAGUUUAAGGCCUUGGUGUGCAUGGCGCUCAAUGAACAGAGGCUUGUGUCCUGGCUCAACCUGCUGUGUAAGUCUGGGACACUCAUCCACUCACACUACCAGCCCUGGAGCUACAUGGCCCAGACGGGCUUCGAAGGUGCCCUGCGUAUCUUGGGCCACCUCAGCCAUCUCAAAUUCAGCCUUCCUGUAGAUCUGGCUGUCAGGCAGCUUAAAAACAUCAAAGAUGCAUUCUAAGCAAAAUAAAUAAAUGGGAAUUUUGUUGGGUUGAGGGAAAAGGGAUAACCAUCCCAACCCUCAUAAUCUUAAAAAAUAUAUAUAAAAAAUAACACUAUUAACACUAAUAGAAAUAACACUAACAACAUUAUAUAUAAAAUUAAUUUCAAUCAACUUAAAAGAUGCUCCCAGAUCAACAAGUACACUGGAAUUAAAAAUUGGAAAUGAAGCAACUUGUGCACUUUCUUGAGACUCCGUUGGGUCUGUUGCUGUUGCUGAAGAGGAUGAUGAUGAAGGCAGGUUUUAAUAUGCUGCAUGGGUCACAACACAAAGGAAAUGUGCUCUGUUUAGUGUCCCUGAGUAAAUGCCUCUACAUUACCUUUGAAUGGAUUUGUUAUGCUAAGCUUUUACCAAAAUCAGCCACUAUGUAGAAGAAUGAGUUAUUACUUGAAGUCUUUUCAAGGGCCAUUGCAAAUGUUUGAGAUCUACAGCACUACAGUAUCUAUAUAACAUAUUCUACACACACACACAGUGACAAAAUAGUGACUAAUCUUUUUUGGUUCUAAAUUUAUGUAGCCAAAUGCCCUCAUUUUCUGAGCUUGUACUACAUUAUUUUACAGUGGUUCACAGACAAAUCAUAGGAUGUUUUAAUUAAAGAUUGGAUUACAGUUGCAUUAUUAAGGGUCAUUGCAUUUCAAACAGUGGCAUAGCACAUAUCACUGGUUCAUUGUUUUAUUGCAUCUUUCUUAGGUCAAGCAACACACUCAGGUCAUUCUGAACAAACAAAAAGAUGUUCAUUAGUGUUUGUAAAUCACUGGAAAACCACUUCUCUCUCCCUAACUCCUUUCCACAGCCUGGCCCUUCCAGCCAGGUGACACCUUAAAAAUGAUUGUAGAAAACUGCAUCUUUGUUGUCGUGCUGCCCGCUCGCCGGAGGACAUGAACAGCAUGUGAACUGAAUGAAAUGAGGUCAUUUGCUGAAUAUGUGUCUGAUAUGCUGUGCAUUGGAACUGACUGAAUUAUUUAUGGCCUGUUUUGCAAUGCCAGCAUUCAGAGGCUCUGCUUGAAAACCUGCCGUUUCUGUGCUUUGUCAAUCCUUGUUUACUGUUCUGAAAUAUUGAAUGUACAAUCCUUGGGAUUGUAUCGUGCUACUGUAGCUGAUCUGAUUCCAGGUUCCUUAAACCACUCUGAAUACUGAUUCACUGAUACGUUCAUCAAGUAAGAAGGGACUGUCUGCUACCCCAUAUCAUGGAAAUGGAAUCUGUACUCUGUGUAUUUCUCUGCAGCAUUAGAAUAUGGAGGAAUGGUUGUGAUGCAUUUAUUAAGGCUGCUUAGCUAACCCUUAUUUAAUGUAGUCUCCCCCACCCCAUUCUUUCCUUUAUUUUCUUCUUUUUUAUAGUAAUAUAUCAGUUUGAAUACAUGCUUGGGCCUAUUUUGAUGUCUAUUUGUUUGUUUUGUUCUAUCAAAUCUAUUUAAGAAAUUAUUAUUGUCUUUGUACCUCUUCUUAGAAAGAAAUAGACUAUCAAUUAUUUCACUAGUGAUUUCAAAUCUGGGUCAAUUACAUUCCCUUUUAUAAAAUUUGUGCCAUCGUUUUUGGAUGUUGUGAUGGUCUCUUUUCAGUAAUUUCAUGGAUUAAAUGUUCCGAAUGCUCUA